AACGGAACAUUUAGGCCAGUUAUGUUAUCAUUGAUCCUCGUCUUAUCAACACAGCAUGUUGGAAUGGCGAUACCUAGCGUUCGUGUUAUGGACAGGAGUCUAUGGACAUUUUAAUGUCCCUAGAAAUAUCAACACCACUGAUCAUAUGUACGUGUUCCAUGAAACGAUCCAAGCAGACAACGACGCAGUUGCGCAUGAAUACACAUUGACUUUACCCAAGGGUCACAAACUGGAUCUAUUGUUGUUCGAUGCCUCGAAGGCCAAUUUGACAGCACAAGGUCUGUCUUGUGAAGAUUUACGGGCUGAGGCGACAUGGAGCCACACAGUGGAGCCACCUCGUGGACGCUGCGACUACAACACGGACGGCCAGUACGGAGAGUUAUACAAGUGUUCGGGCACAUUUUCGUCUUUUGGAAACGAUAAAAAGCUUUACACAUUAGCAAUAUGCAGCCAUAAUAAUAAUGGCAUAAGAGUCACUGACUUCGAGUUACUGACGGAAGACAAGAAAGAACACUAUGACGUCAUGGUGAUAGGGAUAUUAUUGGGAUCCAUAUUUCUACUGCUGUUGGUUUUCUUCCUGGUGUUUUUCGCCAUGCGUAAAUGUUCGUCGGUUGUCCUGUACCAUCCUGAAAAGAAGAAGUGCCAGAUCAGCAGCCACACAAAGAUACCACCUGGUCAGACAGAAACGGAGGCGUGAUCACGACAGUGUGGCGUUGUGUUGUUCACUGGGAUUUUAAAAACACUGGUACUACUACAACCUCUACGACUACUGCUGCAGCUGCUGCUCAAACAACAACAUCUGUUGUAGUAGUACAAAACAACAGCAGCUGUUGUUGUUAAUGUUGUCAGUACUAUUAUACCCGUGAAGGUCCGGGUUAGAAUAUUGAUCUUCAGUAACCCAUGCUUUACGUAAGA